AGAGGGAAAUACAAUGUCUGACAAUAAAAAGAUGAGCAUCAACCUCCUCCUUCUUGGAAGAACACAAAGUGGGAAAAGUUCAGCAGGAAACACUCUUCUGGGCAGCACAGACUUUGCCAGUUUUUUUUCCCCAUGUUCUGUGACUACAUCCUGCUGCCUAGGCCGCAGCUGUAACAUUUCAGAGUUUGGGCGUCAGCAAGGAAGAGCACUAACCAUGCAAGUCCGUGUGCUGGACACUCCUGGAUAUCCUCACAGCAGCCUCAGCAAAGAGCAGGUCCAGAAAGACAUCAAAGAUGCUGUAGCUCAGCACUUUGGAGAGCAAGGUCUGCACUUGGCACUUUGGAUUCAAAGAGCUGAUGUUGUACUGUGUGAAGAAGAGGAAACUCCCACCAUAGAACUGAUUGAGGAAAUCCUUGGGCCUAAUUGGAAGACUUACACUGUCAUUUUAUUUACUCAUGCAGACAAGAUUGAAAAAUCAUCAUUUACUAUAGGCAAAUAUUUGCAUAGUGCCUCAGACACACUACAUAAAGUAAUGCAGUUAGUUCAGCAAAAAUGCAUUUUUAUUGACAAUCACACUAGUUUUCUAAAACAUGAAAACCUAAAAGCUUUAAGAAAAAUUAUGGAGAUUCUAAAACAAAACAGUUUCCAGACCCUUCAUGUGAAAUAA